ACUGAGGAGAUACACUCAGAUGAAAACUUCCGUGUACAUGUGGAGCAUCUAUCUUUUCCCUACGUUUAUCCGAAAAACCAUUUAUCGAAAUUCAAUAUCUAAUCAUUCAUUCUCCCGAAGUGCAAAUAAUUCAUAACAUCAGUCUGAUGUGAGUCCUGAUUGUAAUAAUUGCUCAAUGGGUACCCUAAGUGUGAAACACAAGGCAUUCUUAUCGCAGUUCUCUACUGUAAUUAUAGCAACACUGAACGCUGUUUCAGAUGGGAUGAACUAUGGCUGGUCAUCACCUAUGCUACCAAGAUUGGAAAAAGAUGAUUCUCCCGUUAAAGUCACAGAAACCGAUGAACCAUGGCUAGAAUCGAUCCUGUUGUUUGCAGGCUUAGUCGGCUUACCUAUCACCACCUACUUGGUGGAUAAAAUAGGAAGGAAGCAGUCGACACUUGCUGCAGCCUGCACCUGUGUCGUAGGCUGGACUCUAAUUGCCAUUGCUGACAACAUUUUUUACCUCUACAUUGCCAGAUUCAUGAUGGGUAUAGCUGCAGACAUGGCUUUUAUCUCUUCUCCUAUGUACAUAGCUGAAAUAUCGCAUAAGAGCAUCAGAGGUUAUUUAUCUGCCAUUAUUUACGUUAUGUCUUACAUUGGAACCGUCCUGAUUUAUACCAUUGGUCCUUACGUGGAUUUCACUGUUCCUUCCGUAGUUGCUAUAGUUUUUCUGGUUACUCAAAUCAUCGUCCUCCCAUUCAUGCCGGAUUCCCCAUAUUUCCUGAUCAAAAAAGGAAAAACUGAGUCGGCUAGAAUCUCAUUGAAGAGACUCAGAGCGACGGAAGAUGUGGACGAGGAAUUGAACGAAAUCCUCACAUUCAUCGAGCUCGAAAAACGAAAGGAGAAAGGAAAAAUCAGCGACCUAUUCACCGAGCCAAGUGUACGAAGGGCAAUAAUCAUCAUGACAGUCCUGAAUGGAGGCCAACAUUUGGCCGGUUAUACGGCCAUCGGUAUGAAUGUCAAUGCUAUACUUAGUUUCGCGAAAUACAAAUAUUUUGAAGACGAAACAGCAACAAUCAUUUUUGGAAGUCUGAUGCUUGUUGGCAGCGUCGUAGCUACCCUGUUGGUGGAUAAGUUUGGGCGAAAAACACUUCUGAUAAUAUCAACGGUGUUGACAGGAGCAGCACUCACAACCAUUGGUAUUUUUUUCUUCCUGCAGGACGACCACGACUUAACAUCAGUCAGUUGGAUCCUUGUGGUGGCUCUUAUGAGUUACGCCAUAACCUUCAAGCUCGGCCUAGGGGUAGUACCAAUUGUUUUAACAGCGGAGCUGUUCCCGGUGAGGGUGAAGGCCUAUGGCAUGGCAUGCGCUGAUGGAGUUUACGUACUUUUUGGUUCUCUGUCUGUUUGGAUAUACGACAUACUGAGAAAAGACGCCGGUGGGAUGUUUAUGCCUUUCUUCUUCUUCGCUGGAUGUUGCUUCAUCGUGUGCAUCUUCGUUUCCUUCUUCAUCCCCGAGACGAAAGGGAAGUCGCUGGAAGAGGUGCAGAACAUUUUGAAAGCGAAAUGAUCCUAUAAUUCUAUAUCAGAAUUGUCGUACAGUAUUCAACAUUGAAAAUUGGUGUAGGAGAAGUUGAACUUUUUACCACAAUUUCACAUUUUCGUGAAUUUUUUGAGUUGAUCUGGCCUAAGUAACACUAUUAAUUUUUGCCCCAUUAGAUAUAUUGUCAAAAUGAUGGAAAAUUAUAGUAAUUGUAUGAAAGUAUUAUCAUCUUUGUUGUGUGAACAAUUCGAAAUGUGUAGAUCUAGGAUCUUUCGAAUGAUCAUCACUGUUCAAAGUUCCUACUAAGUAAUUGCUAAAAAUAUUGUAGAACUUUUUUCAUUUAAUAAAAUCGUUCUUAUUUGUAAA